GUAAGUUAGGCUUUGUAUAUUCCUGGAUGAAUCCUUUGAAUUGUGACCAGCUUGAAAUGAUAAUUUCUCCUCUUUUUAUUAUUUAGAUGUUUAACUAUCUUAAUUUGGUCAAUAUGAGUGAUCCAUUGACGACUAUAUUCUCAAUUGUUUUAAUUGUUGCAUCUUAUUCUACACUUGUAAAUGGGUCAGCUAGUUUUAGAGAAGCUGAAAAAAAGAUUCUCGACAGGAUAAUUGGUAAAGGAGUUUACGAUCCAAGGAUAAGACCUUCUGGUGCUAAUGCCACAGUUGAUGGAGAUGAGCCAUGCAUAGUUAAAGUUAAUAUCUAUAUUAGAAGCAUAUCUCGUAUUGAUGAUGUUACAAUGGAAUAUGCAACUCAAAUAACAUUCAGAGAGGAGUGGAGAGACAGUAGACUUGUAUUUGACGAUAUGGGAGGAAGAAUUAAAUUUCUGGUUCUUACCGAUCCAGAAAAAUUAUGGAAACCAGAUUUGUUUUUUUCAAAUGAAAAAAAUGGCCAUUUCCAUGAUAUCAUCAUGCCUAAUGUUUUGUUAAGAAUAUUUCCUAAUGGUGAUAUACUUUAUUCAAUUCGUAUUUCCCUCAAUCUAUUCUGUCCAAUGGAUCUUAAGUAUUUUCCGUUGGAUAUACAAAAUUGUUCCAUUAGUAUGGCUAGUUAUGGUUACACAACAGAAGAUUUGGUCUUCUUAUGGAAAGCAGGUGAUCCAGUUCAAAUAACCAAAUCGCUUCACUUGCCAAGGUUCACUCUAAUGAAAUAUUUGACCAGUUACUGUACAAGCAAAACAAACACCGGGGAAUACAGCUGUCUCAAAGUGGAAUUAGUUUUUAAACGUGAAUUUAGCUACUAUUUGUUCUUAAUUUAUGUGCCCUGUUGUAUGUUGGUCAUUGUUUCAUGGGUCUCAUUUUGGAUUGACCCUAACUCAGCAGCUGCUCGAGUUUUACUCGGUGUAACCUCACUACUUACAAUGUCACGUCAAAUAUCAGGAAUCAAUGCAUCUCUGCCACCAGUCAGCUACACUAAAGCUGUUGACAUUUGGACAGGUUGCUGUUUAAUCUUCGUUUUUGGUGCUCUCAUUGAAUUUGCCAUUGUCAAUUAUGUUUCACGAACGGAUACUAUUAAAGCUGAUAAACAUCGGCGUCGUCGACCUCAAGGAAUUGUUGGUGCAAGAAGAAAGUUUGACACCGCCAAGGAUUCAGGAAUUGAAUCGUCUGAUGUUGAGGAUGGACCUAUUGGAUAUGCGAAAGCAUUAGGAUCAACCAAGUUACCACGAAAAAAGCCUCCUAACCGAGGUAUCUUUUCAAAUUGGCUGUCGAGGUUUCACACUCGUUCAAAAAAGAUUGACGUUACAUCUAGAAUUGUAUUUCCUUUCCUUUUCGCCAUUUUCAAUGCCUUUUACUGGACAAAGUAUCUUCUUCGAGAUGAGCUUAUGGAAUUAUGAUUUUAAAAUCAGUUGACUGAACAAAUCUUACAAACAACAAUUCAAAGAAAACUCAUUGUGUGUUUAACCAUGGUCAUCUUCAUCAUUGUUAUCAACAAAAAAAUGGAUACAUGUUAAACCUUUGGAACCAAAGACUAUUUCUGCCGGAAAUUUUAUUCCCAUCUGCAAAAUUUGCCAUCAAUAAUGUACAAUAACCAAUGAUGUUGUGGUCAUCAUCAUCAGCCACCGUCAUUAUCUUCAUUGACAUCAAUUUUCAUCGAUUUUAUUGACAAGUGAACCUUAGUUAAAUCAACAAAUCGAUUGAUUAUAAUUCAGCUACUAGUAAAUUUGUACAAAGUAACCAAUAAGUAUAGACUUGAAAGGAGAGGAAAAUGAAAUGAAGACUUAAGUCCAAAGUAAAUGCCUUUUCCAAUUGUUUCUCUGCUUAUUUAUUUAACUUAUAAACAUGUUUCGCCCUUUAUUUUAGCUUACUAUUAGCUAAUUAUUCAAUCAACUAUCACCUUUACCAAACUCACAAUAACUACUAACCAAUACCUACAAUCGUCUUUCCUUCAAAACCAACAAUAAUUUAUUUAGAUUCUAGUUUAAACUCUCUAAUAUGGUUAUUUCAUUUCAUCUCUAUUGUCCUCAUUUUUUUCUCAUCACAGCAAGAAAAAAACAUGAGAGUUUGCUCAUGUAAACAUGACAUCAAUAAUAAGACUUUUAAUGAUAUAAACAAAUAACUUGGUUGUGAAUAAACAUGGUUAAAAGUUAAUACCAUCCAUCAUCAUAAUCAUCAUCGACUUGCAUCAACAAAACAAAGCAACAUUAAAAUUCAUUAUCGACUUCAUUUUCGCCAUCCUUUCCAUCAACAUUUUCAUUAUCUUUUACAAAUAUUAUGUUAACUUCCCUCGCCGAGCUUCAACAGAAACAAUAAUUAAAUAGUAAACUGUAAUCUUGUAAUCAACAACAAUACCAUGAGAGGGAACAAUUGUACCAUUUUCAUCGUUCAAAAGAUUUACUUCAACAUCCAAAAGUCAAAUGUAAAAUAUAAUUAUCCAAUUGUCUUAGACUACUCCAAGUAUACUGAUAUUAAUAAUAAUGUUGAUAGAUUACAUUGAUACUGAUGAACCUUAAAACCAAUAAAAUUGCGAGUUAUUAUGUUUUAGCUUGAUUUUAACCAACCCUUGGACUGGAAUCAAGGUGAAAAUGGUUAAUUGUUUAGAAAUGAUUGUUAAUCAAGGUGUAAAAUGUUCAAAUUGAUCGUCAAACAAAUUGUAAAUAUUCCAAUUUCAACCAAUCAAUCCUGUUUCCCCGUUUCUCUUCCAUGUAAAUUAACUUCACAAUUAAACAUUUUUUUAGAUGAGUAA